AUGGGUUCUAUCAUCAUGGAUGUUACUUCCAAACCACUACCUAUACCUCCAAGUAAUUUUAUAGAGAAACAAGCUUCAACAGCGAAUUCAAGAGUACAGUAUCAAAAAACGAACGAGAUGGCCAUCGAGACUAAUCGGCGACAACCAUCACCUUCAAAUGCUAGCAACGAUAGCGAUGAUGAAGAAGACUUCGAAUUUUUUCAUGAGUUUGAAAGAGAAAAGGUUAAGGUUACUAUCCACUUCAUAACUGCAGAAUUAAAGGAAAGAGGCAUAGCUGUCGAAUAUGUAAUGAUACCCUUCCGACCUCAUCAAACGAACGAAAAGCUAUUGAAAUUCCUAAACGCAAUUUUUCCAAUGGGAAAUGGUCAGGCUGUUUCCGAGAACCUGCAGGUUAAAAUCAUGGCAAAAACAGAACCACUGACGUUAUUUCAAGCUCUCAAGUAUAUUUGGUGUAGGCUUCCCGAUCAAGAAGUUAUUGGAUGGAAAUCAUAUCUAGAGUUUAAGAUCAGAGAGCAAGCGAAAGAUUAUCCCAAGAAAGCAUUCUUGGAAAUUAUGCCGCAAUGUUUAUCUUCAGCCAGUCAUGCAUCUAUUGUCUACGAUUUUUUUGACCUUAUCAUCACAAUGGCCUCGAACUCCAAAAAGAAUAAGAUGAGCGCUAGGAAGAUAUCAAAGAUGUGUGCUGUCUGGGCUUUUGGAAAGCCGGUGAAAAAUUCUGGUAUGCUUGACUAUGAUUUUACAGAUGCUUCGCCAUAUCCAAAUAAUUCUUUUUGUGAUGGAUUGAAUCAAUGGAUUCCUGGAACAGAUGCGAUCUUUCAUCUUUUACUUGCCUUUUUGAAAAGUUUCGUUCCUCAAGAUUUAGAGAGUGCUCAACUUCCUAUUGCACUGAAAAGCCUUCUUUUUAAUAAUGAUUAUCCACCCAAACAAUCAACAGCGUAUUCUUCAGAGACUAUUUUAACGAUACCUUUAGUAACUUUACGAACAGACAGAUUUUCAAGAAAACCAUGGGAGAUGUUAGAGCGUUGCAAUGAAAAGCUUGAUUUUACAAACCACGAAGCUUUUGAAGCUCGUGAGGAUUAUGCGUUACUCAAAUCAUUAUUUAAAAAGAAGAAUAACGUGGAAGGCAUAAGUCGCAAAAUGUCACAGGAAUCAAAAAGAUUAAUGAAAUCAAUGGCAACCAAACAUUCCACGUUUCAAGCGGGGUGGGCUGUUAGAAAAUGUUUGCCAAAUGCAAGCCACCUUGAAGAGGAAGUCGAAGUCAAACGAGUUGAAAUUGAUGAUUACUUUAUAUGGGCUUGGUUGUCGACCUUAUCUUACGAGCAAACAUCAGAAAAAAAGAAGUUGUUUGGCAGAUCCUUAAUUCUCGAAUUUGAGUUUGAUGGAUUCAAAAAGUGGGUGCUCUUCGAAGAGUGUGAUAUAACCAUAGAGAGUAAAAAAAUGCAAGAUGCCAAAGAUAACCAAAUAGCGAUAAAUGCUUCUGAAGAAGUAAAUAAAACUGAAAACUCCGUAACCAAACCUCGUGAUAUAACACCAACAUAUGAAAAGUUUCAACAGGCAUCCGCAGUCUCAUCAUCCUCAGAUGAAAAGACCUAUCAUACCGUAAUCAGUAAGGAUACCAUUGGUAAGAAGAAAGACAAAAAUAACGUAAAAUUGCAUUCUAUUGAGCAAAAAAUAUCCAAAUGGAAUCCUCUGAGUAAAGCUCAUAAAAAAAAUAGAAGUGACAGUUUCAAUUCAUCCGAUUCCGAUUUAUCUAAUAAAAAGCAUUUACAAGCCAAGAAGAGAUCCGCUUUGUUGGAUAGCACGAUCUUUCAGCUACCGGAACUGGAUCCUGAUGUUCAGGGAUUCGAAGUAGAGUUUCCUGAUCAAGACCUUGACAAUGUAUCAGUACAACAGCAAUCAUUACUUCCAAUGAGGCGAACGCCGCCUGUAGAAUUAUCAGAUUCUUUUCCAAAAUCAAGCGGAUCCUCUAAAGAGCAAGUGUCUCCUGUAAGAUCUGCACUUACAAGUGAGUCCCCGACAGUGAAAGAAAUACCAAUAUUGGAAUAUAUGCCAAAAGAUAUACUCUUACCGCAAGAUCUAGUAGCAGCUGAGGAGAUUCCUCCGGACAGAGUUCAAGCACAGAAAGAAUUACCUUUGCCAAGGCAACCUGGGCCUAUUUCGAAAGAUCCACUUCACGUAACGCAAGAAUUGCCCUUACCAAAGCAACCUGAGCCUAUUUCAAAAGAGCCAUUUCAUUUAACGGAAGAAUUGCCCCUACCAAGGCAUCCUGAGCCUAUUCUAAGAGAGCCACUUCAUUCAGCGAAAGAGUCGUCACCAAAGAAACCGGGGCCAGUUGCAAAGUUUAUAACUCCUGAACGUAAUAGGGAAACAGACAGACAUAACGCAGAGGAACCGAACAAUUUCACCAGGAAGCGAUCGCCUAUUGAUGAAUACCGCCCCUCAAGGGGGCAAUUGCUUGACAGAUCGCCAGUAACCGAAAGGCUGGGCACGAAGUACCAGCGUCAACCGGAGGUGGCACGCGCGCAGUUUUCUGAAGUCCCAGACAAUUAUAUCAAUGAUCCUGGUCCUGGUCUAAUAAGUCAGUACCAGGAGCACCAUUCCCCAAUGCCUGAACAUAAACGUGAGAAUUUUUCUCCCGAAAGAGAGCACUAUCAAGGAUCUCCUGUGGUAGAUUAUUCGAAACAAUCGCCAGUAAGAAUGCCAGCCACUGCACAACAAUUUCAGGGUCAUGCUUCACCGGUGUUCGAAUCACGGCGGCAACCGGCUGAGUUUAAAUCACCUAAUCGAGCGGAACACCCCGGAAUAGUGUCAGGAAACGUGCCACCAGAACAGUUUUCUCAUCAAGCAGAAAGGCAAUUGCCUCCAGGGCAAUUUAUUGAUACAGGCUCAUCCCAGGAACAAAACUUCGAUAGCGGAAGUGAAGUAAGAAUACACAAUGAACAGCAUUAUUUAGCGAUAGCCCAAGAAUCUCAACCAGCCCCCCGAAAUCAAGAGUUUCAAUCCCCAGUAGAACAUAUACUAUCAAAAGUGGGAUCACUAGAACACAGUGUACAACCUGAAGCUCAACGUAAUAGGUCGCCGCUUGAUUCGCAGUAUUUUGACGCUCGAAAUCGCUUGCCCGUAUCGAUGGAAUAUGCUGGCAACGGUGAUUCGAGAGAAUUUGGUAUUGAAGGAGCAAAUCGGAAAGAGGGCACAAUUGAGCAACUGAAAGACAUGGUGGAAGAGAUGAUGUUCGAGGAAGCCAACAAUGAACAGUUAAUCAAUGAUGAGGGGUCAAUGAGUCAAGAAAGUGCAACUUUUGAAAGUUUGACCAAGUUUGAGCUGUACAAACCAUCAGCAAUAAAGGAAUCACGAGACAGCUUAGUACAGCCUUUAGAUGUUCCAGAAGAUGCUGCAGACGAACUUGUAGAACAGCCAUUGCCACCGCAAAAAGAAGCACAACGGCCUCCUGAAAACACUCUACAGGUCCUUCCGCAAGUCGUUCUGCAGGACUCACAAGCAUAUCAUCUGAGUCCCUCCGUUUCCGGCUACAUUGCAACGGAAAGAAAUCCGCAGCAAGAGAGGUAUGCACAUCAAGAGGCACCCCAAGAUUAUUCCCGGCGCCUGCCUCAAAACGUGCAUCAGGCUAUGCCACACGGUGUUUCCCAAGAUAUCCCAGCAUAUCGAGGUGCUCCUCCACGUGUGGCGCAACACGUUGCACAACACAACUUGCGAGGUGCUCCCCAGCCAAUCCACCAGGAGCCGCCUCAACACUUUGCACAGAACGGUCAACCCGCAGUUCCUUAUAGUGGCCCACACCGUGACGUCCGCUUCGGCGCACAGCCCGACAUUACGAGACAGCCAAUGCAAACCAGAUCACCCCAAAUGAAUAUACCUCCACAACGCUACCAUGCCGCACACAUACCCAUGCAACAACCAAGACCGCACCAUCCUUCACAGAUACCCCAAGAAAGAUACCAUCAACAGAGACCAAUGCAUCCUCAAAGAAUGUAUCCCAGUCAACAACCGCCAAUGAACCAGUACCCGAGGAAUCCGAGACUGCCAAAUCCUCCGCAACCACAGCUGCAACCGCACCCGCAAGUACUGCCGCCACCCUCAGCCAGCAGUAACCCCAGUAUGAACAUGUUCAUACCCGGGGCACCCCAGGGAAAUAAACUGCACGGCGGCGUUGUGAACAGGGGAAAAGACAGGAAGAACCUCUACAACAACAUCCGAAAUGGCAACUUUGGCAUAUAG